GGGAGCAAGUUCUGAUUGGAAACCGCUUGCGUCCACGCCAUCAGUUCGCAUCUUUGUCCGUCGUAUUUAACACUAUCGGGACCCCUUAUCAUGACUCGCAAUACUAUCCUUUGCAACUUCCUACUCGAAACAGCGCCAUGUCUAUCGGAGCGUGGACUUACGCAGCGGAAGCUGCACCGUGCUUGAUCGUCUUCAUGAUUCUGGCUUACCGAGGCAUGUCUGCGUUACCAUCGCCGCCAUUCCUCCCAGCAGUGCCCUUUCUGCGCGCGUUCCAGACCGUUUUCACACCUUUCAUCGGAUUGGAGGAGGCAGAGGGACUGAAGGACCCGUUGAGCGCGUCGCAGGCUCUCGCCCCGCCCGCUCGUCGCACGCUCAAGACCAAGCCGUACGUGCUGACCUUCCUGCUCGUUUUCGUCGGCCUCGUGCAAUGCCUGGCGUGGAACAUGCUCGGCACCUAUCGCCUGGUCACUGGGGCUCUCCCUCAUCUCAUCUGGCACGAUAUCCUCCUGGCCGAUUUCGGCAGCGCAUUCUGCUGGUUGUACACAUGUGUGCGCGCCGGGCGCCGCGUCCUCACGACGGUGCCUUACGAUCUCCUGGCUGUCUACCCCCUGAUAUUGCUAUCCGCCUUCGCUCGACUGCGGCUCAGUCACGGUGGGAUCCUGAGCGUCGGGACGUUGAGCUUGGCCGGGGAGGUGGGGAUGGCGUUCGUUGGGAUGUGCGCUGUCGUAGCGCUGCCUCUGGCGACGCCUUCUGGACGGGUUCCCGACGAGAAGAUUGGUCAGGUCAUUUCCCCGGAGGAUUAUGCAUCUCUGUUUAGCCGCAUAACUCUGAAUUGGGUCUCCCCACUGAUCCAGCGGGGGAAACAAGGAAGACUGGAAGAAAUAGACGUCUGGAAGCUCAGUCCCACUAUGCAGAGCGGCGUCCUGUUCAGCAAGUUCAAGACUUUAUCGAGCGAGGCUUCCCUCAUAUACCGACUCUGGCAGGCGAACUCGUUGGAUCUCAUGAUGGAUCUGCUGGGAACAUUGGCUGCGGUCGCAUCGACGUAUGGCGGCCCGUUCUUCAUGAACCGCUUGUUGAACUCGAUCGAUACCGAUCAGUCCAAAUCAGAGGCGUACCAAAAUGCGCUGAUGAUGUUCCUCAGUUUUUUGCUCAAAGCAGUAUUUGACGCGCAACACUUGUGGUUUGGCCAGCAUGCAGCGAUGCGGAUCCGGUCCGAACUCAUGUCGGCGAUCUACGAAAAGUCGUUGAAGCGACAGGACCUCAGCGGCACCGUCAAUGCCAAGGACGGUAGCGCCGGCGCCGACACGGGAAAGAUCGUGAAUCUCAUGUCGGGAGACGCCGAGAACGUAGCGAACGUAGUGAGCUCGAUGCACAACGUCUACGGUGCUCCUUUCGAGUUCAUCCUCGGGUUCGGCCUGCUCUAUCAAAUCUUGGGAGUGAGCGCAUUCUCUGGAUUCCUUGCAUCGUUCAUUGGGAUGCCGCUGAACGGCUAUCUUACAAACCGGCACGCUUGGAUCAACCGUGGACUGGCGGAGGCCAAAGACAAGCGGAUGGGACAAGUGAAUGAGCUGCUCGCAUCGAUCAAGUUGAUCAAGUUUUUCGCCUGGGAGGAGAUGUGGCUGAAGAGGGCCAUGGAAGCCCGCAAUGAGGAGAUGGUUUGGAGGCGACGGGGUCGCAUGAACAAUGUGCUGUAUCAUUACGUUUGGUCCAUCCCCCCUGCACUGAUCUCCAUCAUCUCUUUCACGACCUACGUUGCACUGGGUAACACAUUGACCAUUGCCAAGGCCUUCACCGCUCUGCAAUUGUUCACCAUGAUUCAAUCACCCUUGAACGCCGCACCAUACUAUUUCGUAGAGAUGAUUCAGGCUCGGAUUGCCAUCAACCGCAUCGCAACCUUCCUGGAGGAACCAGAAGUCACAUCGCAGGUCUCUAGUCUCAAAGCCGAAGAUCCUGACGUGGUGGAUCACGGCGGAAAACUCGGAUUAUUUGAAGCAUCCUUCCGGUGGAACGGUAUCCCGAGGGAGGUUCUUGAUUCAUUCGAAUUGGACAAACUAUCGGUCGUGUUUCCUGAGGGGGUAUUGAGCGUCAUCACGGGACCGACUGCCAGCGGGAAGACGGCCCUCCUCAUGGCCUUGCUGGGGGAAAUGACUCUUCUCCCCGGUGGUCACAUCAUUCUGAACAAGGACCCAGCCCGAUUUGACCGGCACGGGAAUGCACAUGCGAUAUCCUAUGUCGCACAGAUCCCUUGGCUCGAAAAUGCGUCCAUCCGGAAUAAUAUCCUGUUCGGGACUCCAAUGGACGAGGAGCGAUAUCGCCGGGUCCUGUUCUCCUGUGCGCUCCUUCCUGAUCUGGAAGUCCUCGAGGACGGGGAUGAGACGGAAAUCGGCGCAAAGGGCGUGUCUCUUUCAGGCGGCCAGAAAGCCAGGGUCGCACUCGCCCGAGCUGUCUACGCUAGAACUAAAUAUGUCUUGCUUGACGAUCCGUUGAGUGCUGUUGACAGCCACACAGGACGCUUUCUCUAUGACCAUCUUCUUCGAGGUCCACUUCUUUCGAACAGAACUGUUGUUCUGGUCACUCACCAUGUGCCACUGGUCUUGCCUUGCGCUAAAUAUGUGGUGCAGAUGAAGGACGGCCGCAUCGACUGCCAGGGAACCGUCCAGGAUCUACGUUCUCGAGGCCUUCUUGAGCAUAUCAUCGAAGACGCUCUGCAGGAAGGGACAUCACGCAUAGCACCGGACGAUGAGAAGGAAGAAGACAAGGAAGCAGACAAGCCGGAGAUCAAGAUUGCCCGGAAACUCGUUGAGGAGGAGCGCCGGGUCACAGGCCGGCUCCAGUUUUCUGUAUACCAGGAAUAUGCCAGCGCCGUUGGUGUCCUGUUCUGGACAACGUCCCUCGUUUUCGUAUUCGCCUCACAACUGAUCGGCUUGGGCGAGAGGGUCUGGAUCAAGUUCUGGGGCGAAGCUUACCAAAGCAGGAUCGCCCUCGACCGACCGCUCUUUUAUGUUGCCGUGUACACCGGAAUCAAACUUUUCGGGGUUUUGGUGAGGAUUGUUUCGGCUCUGGUGGAGCAUUUCGGUGCUUUGAAUGCGGCCCGAAAGUUGUAUGAACGGAUGCUUUUUUCUGUCAUGCACGCAACAUUCCGGUUCCAUGACACGACGCCCCAAGGCCGACUGCUGAACCGCUUCGGGAGAGAUGCGGAGAUCGUUGACAACGAAAUUGCAUGGAAAGUAGGCGCGCUCAACUCUGCCGUCGGGGGUCUACUCGUUUCUGUUCUCACUGUGAUAGGAAUCUUCCCUGCUUUCCUGGUCAUCGCAGCCAUAAUCGGGUACUCUUACGUCCGCAUCGCCGUAGGAUACAUCAGCUCGGGCCGAGAUCUCCGGCGCAUGGAGUCCAACAGUCGCUCACCCAUAUUCUCCGAUUUCGCGACUCUCAUAGAUGGGAUUGUGACUGUGAGAGCGUUUGCUGUGGAGAACCGGUGGCUCGAUGGCUUCUAUGAGCGCUUAGAUGCUUCCCUGCAGCUUUUCUACGCGUUCUGGAUCGUCAAUCGCUGGUUGCUCUUCAAUUUCGAUCUUCUGGGCGCUGCGGCUGUUUUCGCCACAUCAUGCUUCGCGAUUGCCUUUCUGGAUCGGGAUCCUGGUCUUGCUGGUGUAGCCAUCACGUCCGCUUUGACCUUCAGCAAAGGAGUGUACAACACUAUCAGUUUCUGGACCGCUCUGGAACUUGAUCUGAACUCUGUCGAGCGCGUGACCGAGUACAUCGACCUUCCGCAGGAACCGGCUGCUGUGAUAGAAUCUGCGCGACCCCCUGCGUACUGGCCUUCGUCAUCGAGCUCUGAUCUAGUGCGGCUCGAAAAUGUAGCGGUCAGAUAUGCUCCAGAUCUGCCCCCAGUUCUGCGCGGCGUUUCGUUUGUCUUGCGAGGUGGAGAGCGCGUCGGACUCGUUGGCAGAACGGGUGAGUCCCUGCCCCGACUAACAAGUCGCAUGCAACCAUCUGCCUGCCCAGGGAGUGGGAAGUCGACUCUUGCGACGGCGAUCUUGCGAUUUGUUGAUCCUUGCGCGGGAAGGAUCUUGGUCGACGGAUGGGACAUCUCCCAAAUUGGAACUUAUGAUCUCCGCUCCCGUAUAACAUUCAUUCCACAGGAUGCGGCCCUGUUCUCGGGGACCAUCAGGGAAAACCUGGAUCCAUUUGGUGAACAUGAUGAUCUAGCUCUAAUUGAUGUUUUGCGUCGGGUUCAGUUGGGUCCAGAGAACGUCAAGCUCGACACCGAAGUCGCUACUGCAGGCGCCAACUUUUCGCAGGGACAACGUCAACUCGUUGCCCUUGCCCGUGCGCUUCUUCGGCGCAGUUCUAUUGUCAUCCUAGAUGAGGCUACCAGCAGCGUUGACUUUGAGACUGACACGAAGAUUCAAACUUGUAUCCGUGAAGAGUUUGGCAGCGCACUUUUGAUCACAAUUGCCCAUCGGCUGAAAACAAUUGCGGAUUACGACAAAAUCGUUGUUCUCGAUCGAGGAGAGGUCGUUGCUAUCGGUGGGGUCCUGGAACUCAUGCAGGAGAACGAGAUCUUCAGGGAGAUGUGUCUCCAGACCGGGUACUAUGACGAUCUCGAGGCGAUGGCCCGGGUCAAGCAAGAAGUAGGAUAAUUACGCUAUCACUAUGCGUAAUCUGUGGGGUCGGGGCACAGCCACGUAUCCUCUUACGAAUGACCCCCGACAUCUAUGGAACGCUUCUGUGGUGACGAGUUGCUCAGUGCCCUCACCGAGCAACACUCCCUCUUCUUGAUCGCUUCAUUUCGAAUACUGCGACGGUCGUCGCUGUCUGCUUCAGCUUCCGUAACGCUAUUAGACGGUGUCACGAUCGAGGUCGAACUGACCGGAAAUAGCGGCUACUCAGUCCGUCCUGUUUGCAGUUCCAAGUCCGAUCGCCUUUCAUCUUCUCAUCGCCUAGGUCGUUUCCGGUCACAAGAUUGCAUCUUCCCCGAAGCAGCCCGAGCCCGAGCCCGAGACCUUCGAAAGCAUCGAGCAGCUGCUAAGCUCCAUCAGCACAUUGUAUGCACAAAAGAGGCAGGAUGCCUUAAUAGCUGCGUUGGAGAGGAGGAUAUCAGAUUAAUGCAAGGCACGCGCCCGCUCCGUGUGUGUGAGUCAUCGCUCGGUCGACAACGGGCUCGGCAUCGCACUCAAGCCAAUAUGCAUGCACAACAGGUCCGCGGCAUCGCACGGUAUCGCUAUCUAUCCAUAACAUGCUCGCGAUGACACAAAACACGACGAGUCUGUCACCAGCCGUCCAUCUAUUGCAGCUCUACCUUCAUCUGCUCGUUACGAAAGCUGCCCGUCUUGGCCUUCUGCGCCAGGGCCGCAUCGUACAUCUCCCGCGUGAAAACAUAUCCAUCUCUGCGCCGCACCUUGGCGAUGAUGCCUCCAAGCCACUCCCUCUCCUCUUCAUUGCGGAUGCAAUUAGCCCACCAGCGAUCCAUGCUGGAACACAGCCCAGAAGUGUCUAGCUCCUUGUGCUCGCUCUGUUCGUUCAGGACGUGCAGAAGGAACGGGGUGUUCAGGCGCUCGAAACCGAAUUCAGAGAGGCAUUUGAGGAUCCGAGAAAUGCGGAGAUAGUUGUGAGAUGAUCCUGGUGCAUCCGGCGGCAUGGCAUGAGCACACGGAGUCGGAAGGACUCAUACGGACUGAGCUGGACUCACGGACGAGGUUCUCGUACCGCGGCUGGUAGUUGCGUGGCGGCAGGACGCGGUCUAUGGCCCCAGUCUCCGCGGACACUAGACGCAUACCGUAGAACUCGAGCAUGAGUCUGUAUGAAGCCAGGAGGCGCUCCAGCGCACGUGGGUCAGACGUGAGCGCGGCCAGCUCGUGCGGUUGCAGCGGUUGGGACUCGUAGUUCAUUCCGUGCUCGCGGAUGGGGAAGAGCCAUUGGAUAAAGCCGUGUUUGCGCUCGAGCUUGGUGUAAUCGCCUUGCCAUCUUCAUGGGAAAAUGCCAUCAUGGGUUGUGAGAAAGCGGGCGAGAGGCUGCGGGCGCACUGCUCAUGGAUCUCCUCGACCAAGAGGCCGUCCGGCCGGGAGCGAAGCGUGUUGGAGUAGAAUCCCAGGUUGUCGGACUGGCGCGUGUCAUCGGUGCCGUGGGGAUACCCGUCGAGAAAUUCCUGGACGUCGCGAGGGAGGGAUGCCAUUUUUGCGGGUGGGAUGUUAUUGGACGAGGGGAUGGCGAUGGAAGAUGCUGAUGCGCGGCGAAAUGCGCGUCUGAUGAGAAACAUACUUACCGCCUACUUGCAUACUUAGUACUUACCACCACGACAAUCACGCACUCCCGUGCGAGUCCACCCGUACCCACGCUCACGCUUCCGGGUCCGCUUCUACUGGGGUUGUGCUCAGUGGCCGUCAGAUGACUGCUGGCUGGAUCUUCUGCGCCAGUUUCCUCAGGAGUUCUGUCUGAUAUGCACGUCGAAUAAUGAUAAUUCUAUGGUCCCUGCGGGCGCUUCCAGUCGUUUGCCGACAAUUUGGCACUCAUCGUCGAAACUUCGGUUGAUUAUGCCCCGGACCGGGGAUGAAACGCUCGAUUUCCUGGCGAGUUCCGACUACGCGCCGGCAGCGACCAGUUCUAGUGCCAACGAGGGAGGGAUCAAGCCACGAAUCUGGUGCCAGUGACAGUGUGUGUGCUGGUGACCCCGCGGACUGGCCUGCCGAUCCCCUCUGUUCCUUAAAGAAGUGGAAGCUCUGCCCGACGCGGGGUUCUUAAUCCCCAGACGUCAAACUACCUUCGCGCCCCAGUCCUCUUGGAUUGCACUCGACGGGAGCGCAAUUGCCUCGCUCGGUGCACACGUCUCCUUGUGUCGUCCCAGCUCGAGGUGCUGCCAGCGGCAUUUCUCCGGCGGCCAUGGAAUCACGUGCCAUCUCCUGGCGCUUAGGCGCGGCUGGUUAACCUAAUUUAUCCCCUGAUUUUUCAGGCAUGGGAUCAGGGACUUGCCGCGGGCCGCGGUGUUUAUUGAGCAUGAAAGUAUUGCGUGGGGGGCGGCUAGCCCGGGCCGCCGACUACAUCCCCAAAUGUGCGGUACCCAGAUGGAUUUCAGACGGAUGGGGCUGAGAUAUUUGUGCGACAUUCAUCGGAAUAUAAUACAUCGCAGCCAUUCCGCGGUCAAGGCAUGUUGCUUAUACAACACAACUCUGUGACAUGUAUGUAACCGUCCGUCAGUAGGUACCUGGUGGUCCAGCGGUGAGCUUGCGCCGGGCCCCGUGACAGGCAUCAGCGCCGCUGAAUUACAUACGGUCUGGAGGAUUUGUAUUGCGGCAGUCGAACAGCGCGGAGACUGACGCGGGCCUUGUACUCGGGACAAUUCAUCACGCCAGCGUGUUUGUUAGGUGUCUGAGUGUGGGGUAGCCAUUCCAUUUAUAAAUGCGGGGUAGUCACAGGCAACGAGUCGCAUGCUUGCAUAUCAAUCCACGCCGAAACAUGCGUGGACCGGCCGAUGCGGGGUAGUAUCACCCCUGCCGCUCAAUCGCGACAAAAAUACAUCCACCCACUGAUAUCGGACGCGCAGCCAGUCAAAGCCCAGGUCCCCCACUGACAAAGAACAAAGAUAUUUUGCGCGCAUCGAAGGGGCGUCUGUGUUGAUCGGACUGAGCUUAGUCGACGGAAGAAGAUGCAAGAAUCGAUGCAGCCACGGAACAUACCGUUUGCCAGGCCUGUUUUUAGCGAGCCGCCCAUCCACGUUCAUCUGCUGGACAAAGGCACUGAUGGAUGACAAGGCCCCUUCAAAGGGCAGACGGAUUUAAUGAUGACGACGAUACCAUUGUCAUACAGAGCACUUUGUGCUCUGCAUCCAGUCCGCCAUGUAGGAGCCAAGGCUGAUAUCAUCAUCUCGAUCCGCCGUGGCAGGCAGUUUGCGCAAUCGCGAGAGAUCCACAGAGAUUCAAAGCACCGCUUCCAUCAGGAAACAAGGACAGUGCCGGUGUAAAGGCGGGGGCUCGAGAUGUUACGCUGGCCGGUGUGACACGGAGACACGGAUCCGGAGGAUGUCCGACCAUCGACCAUCGAUUCGAUAGGAGAUCAGCAAGUAACCCAUACGACAAAGCAGACGCUGAAACGUCGUAUGGGUUCCCGUAUGCAAACGAAAGUUCGCAGAUGAUUCCAGGAGGCGGAGCACGGAAAGCGAUCGAUAACCGAACCCGCAUCAGUGCUGUACCCUGAUCGCAUCAGCAUCGGGAUUUUCCGCUAUCUCUCCAGUUUACCAUGUGCAACUGAGGCCCGCCACCGUCGCCCACGACAACUGUUUCCCCUGAUUGAGCUGACUGGCUGCUGUGUGUCGUAUCGUAUCGUGUCGUAUCGGGGCCUCGGCUUUGCGCGGUCAGACGCUCUCUGUCCAGUCAUGACACCGGUUGUACGCCGAUUGAACGUGAGAUUGAUUCAGACUAGGGAGAUAUGUGUUGAGCGACGCAAGACUGAUCGCUUUGUCACGGUGUCCGCGGUUGGCGGGCCUCUGCGGACCGCCGUUCAUCCAUAAGCAUCCACGGUCUUCCCCCAUGCAACCUCCCGCAAGUUGCCGAAGAUGGCGUUCCGUGGAAGUGACCACCGCGGCUUCCCAUGCAGCCCAUCACUUCCGCUACCGGACUGCGAUAGGCUGCAUCCGACAUCGUAUCUGCCUGUAACUGUCACUCAGACUGGGAUGGGCCGGGCAGGGCAGGUCAAGGAACGAGGACUGCCUUUGCAGAGCAUUACCGCCGUGUGCGGGAGGCUGAUGCCUACUCGCGAGUCAAUCCCAAACGCAAAACGACCUGACCUGUUCGGAUUGGCAUGGGUUGCCAAGAUGGCCGACAGACUGAUGAUCCCCCCGCGCCGGGCUUGAUUGGAGAUGAUCACGGGCAGAGGGUUUGGUUUGGACCGUGCCUCCACGCGCUGCAUCGCAUGUUAUCUACCCGGGAUGGCUGAUGGGCAGUAUUUCCGCGGUCACAGAGAGUUGUCCGACAUUAGCCCAUAGGCGUUAGAACUGUCAACGCCCAUCUGAGAGGAGAGGACGGCGCCCCGAGUUGGGCAGUCGGGGUGAAGCACCGGAGACGGAGAACAGGUGAGCUCACCUCGGAUGAGAUGCUGAUUAAGCUCGUGAAGCCAGAUCAGAGCUACGCAGAAUGCGGGGGAUCAACGCGUCGUCGUCGGGUCCCAGCAGGGCCCGAUCGAGGCGAGCCUGAAUCCAGCGUCAGCGUCACAGAGCCGGCCGAUCGGCCUGGACGAUCAGUUGUUGUUCAUUUUUGAAGCACCAAGCAUCGAGCCCUUGACAAUGCGUCUUUGUCUUGAUCGUCAUGGGGCGUUGAUUCUGUGUGCAUUUCCGGAAGCACCAUCAUCGAGGACAAACACUAGCUCGAAACGAGAACAAUAAUGGGGACAAGACCUGCCUGCCUGUCACCUGUAGAUCCUUUGAACCUGCAAGCCAUAUCCAAUGCCAUGUCUGCUCUCGAGCGCAUUGUUCUCUUCUAAGUGGGGACUGGCUGCAGCUGAGACAAAUCGGGCCCUUCGAUUGUUCUCCAGUCCAUGACGACAUCAUUUUUGACCGUCCCAGCUAUGCUUGCUCGAUGGUGGAUUUCUGGCAUCGACGCUCGUCGCCUAGCCACACAUUAUUAUUGCUGAUGACCCUGUGGGGUUGAAGUUGAGCAUGACGAGCAACCGUCGCAAUUCAAUUAAUCUCGGUGCCGAACCCCACAAUGGUGCAUGACAUCCGCGACGGAACCUAGCGCUGGCUCGAAUGAUUGUGUCUUUUUCCCCAAGAACAGCGAGCGUGUCGCCCGAAUUAUCCACCCGGCCCGGGGGGCAUAUUUUGGCGCAGUGCAGGGCCAAAUGUUCACGGCAUCUGCUGCGGGGUGACAUCGCUUGCCGGAAAUAUCCAACAGCGCUUGUCGGGAAAACACAUUAGGUGGACGAUGCGGCGACUGGCGGCGAACUCGCUUGCUUGUCCCUGGUCGCCACCGGUCGCAAUGCGACGGUGAUGGGGGUGGUCAGAGGUGGUCACAUUCCGAAGGGUCGGCAGCGCCAAGUUCCCCGUCGUAGUGAUUGGCCUGCUGCAGGUUCUGCUUACAACAGAUAACAUUCGUGUACUACACCAGAACUGAGCUUAUCGAGUGGAUUUAGGUAAAUUGCCAGGUUGGGGUGGCAAUGUUCGGGCAGGGAUUUGCGUUGCAGGUGCUCGAGGUGGCGGUGGCAACCAAGGACAUGCAGUUCGCGGGCCUGCAGAUGUUCCCUCGCACCCCGGGUCUCGACAGUCUGAAGAUACUUUCGGAUGCCAUUCGUGACGUCGUCCAGCAUGUUUGUUGGUCCAGCCAGCGUCCCUUGUGGGUGCCAGCCACCCUCGAUGUGCCGGAGUGCCGCUUCCGCGGGGUUUCAACUGGUGUCUUCGGACGGAAAACACGCAAUCGCAUCAUGCCCGCCGCUCAUGAGACCGCCGUUCCUCCCCGGAUUCCAAUUUCCGCAAGCGCUUUCGAAUCGGCCCUGACCCCAGCGCGUCCCCAGCUUUUCCGAGGACCUGCCUGCACCGGCAUGGUCCUUGGCGCGUUCUGUGUUUUCUAGCCCUGAUUAUUUACGUGUCGAUUCUGUGCGGAUGUCAGGUGGUCGAUAUGCUUAGAACCCCGGUCCCAAAGCGUUUUUUAACUCUCCCAGUCGUUCCGGGAGAGACUAUAUGUAAUAACAAGCCCGCAGAACCUCACGGCUCGUAGCCGAUCAAAAUGUGUUUUUUACGCCAGAGAUGACACACACAACUUAUCUCUCUCUCGCGUGGCCUUCUGUGGGGAAUUUUCAUGUAGCGAGGGUUCGGCGAACUGGACAUCUCGGGCAAGCAGGGGCAAGCAAGCUAGUCAUCAUCCGAGAAAAUCUGCGCGCGCGACAAGUGUCUGCACACUAAGUACUGAAUUGAGCGAGAGGGUCGAACGUGGCUAGGCUGAGAACGCAGAGCGUUUUACCGAGGAAGACCUGGAAGCCUUAGCGUGUUUGCCGUUACCAGAGCGGGCCUUCCUCCCUCCUCCGAGAUAUUGGCGACUGCGGGACGUGUCAACCCAACGACGGCUGCUGAUGGCCACCAGUCCGAGUACGACCUGCCUUGUGGGUCUAGAGCCAAAGCGUGCGUGCGUGAUGCGCUAUGUCUCGCGAGAAAUUCUUUGAUCUGGUGUUUCAAAACAGCUCUCUCCGUCUUUACCGAGAUAGAGGAAAUGAGAUAUCAGACGCGCGUCGACGGAUCCAGAGCGAGAAUGAGCGUCGAAUGAAAGAUAGUAUCAAGAGUAACCCGGUGCAUGGUGCAGUGCCAGCGAGGCGGGCGCAGGCGGAGGCACUGAUUCUCCGAAUACUUUGACAAGGACAGUCCAAGAGCCACGGUCAUGAGACGGCAGCUGCGAGCCGUUGCGUCGCAAAAACCGUAUCGGGAAUCCC